CUUACUCCAAAAGAAAAAGAAAAAAAAAACAAACGCAAAAAUGGCUUCCGAAACCAACGAUUCUUCUUACUCCUUGAUCGGAGAUCCAAUGCCACCGUCCUCAGCCACUCCUCCUCCUCGUCGUGGAUGGUGGUCACGACCAAUAAUUACUAUUCCGAGAGAUCGUGAACCCACUCUCAUGGAAAUUAUAGCUUUGUUAACACCCAUGUACCUCGGCGCAAUCACCUUAAUAAUCGUGUACUUCAUCAACCAAGCUCCCUAUCAGGCCAAAUUCAACAUCCAAUCCAUUGCGGUCUCUCCCUCCACCGCCACGUGGCACGUUGAUUUUCUCGUCACAAACCCUAACUCCAGGUAUUCUAUCUACUAUGGAGGAGAUACUGCCGUGAGGCUCGGUUCCUUAAACGCUGCCGUUUUAAAUACUUCUCACAAAAGUAAUUGUCCAAAUCAAACGGUAUUCUCAGUUGAUUUUGUUGUGGAGGAUAAUCCAAACGAUGUCGUUUACGAACAACUAGAUAUCAAAUUAAGGGCUAAGCAUAAGACCGAUCUCGGAGAUAUUGCUGGACAUAUUGAUAUAAGAGCAUUGUCAUCUAAGUAACGUUCCUACAAUAAUUUUAAUUUAAUAAU